AUGGCAACAUCAUCGCAGUACGCCGAACGCACGUAUCAUGACACUUCUUGUCCAUACGUUUUACCCAAUGAUACUCCCGAGCAAGCUCGCCUUGAUGAACAAGCGCUUGCCAUCCAGUCCAUGCUGGGUGGAAAGCCUUUUCUCUUCGACGUGAGACUUCUCCCGAGCAAGUCGAAAACCCUCGACAUCGGCUGUGGAACUGGGGUAGCCACAACCCAGCUAGCAAGACAAUGUCCUUCUUCUCGGGCGUACGGGAUUGAUCUAUCUGCCGUCCCCGACCAUGUCAAAGCCUCAGCUCCGACCAAUGUCACCUUUUUGAAAGGCAACAUCAUGGAAGAUCUGUCAGAGCAGGGACUCCAGGAGCAAAGCUUGGACUACGUGUUCGGACGUAUGCUGUUCCUCGCGAUCGACGACUGGAAAGAGUACUUUUCACGCGUCCACCACCUCUUGAAGCCCGGUGCCAUCGUCGAGCAUCAGGAUUGCUCCUGGGAGUACUAUCGCCAAGGUACACAGACAAAGCUCAGCGGAAAUUGGUCCUGGCACCAAGCAGUUCUAGAGGAGUCGCAGGCUAUGGGACUGGAUAUUCUAGUUGGUGAUCAUGUCGGGGAUCACAUGAGAGCCGCCGGGCUCGAAGUGCUUCUUACGCGAUCGUUUGAGUUCUCAAUGGUGCCGUCUGAGAAGAAUAUUCCCAGCGCAGCAGUCGGUUGUUAUGCGCAACGAACUCUUCUCAAGGCAUUCCCAGAUCUUCUCAGAAAGAUUUUGACAAAGCGGGACUUAUACUCUGACCAAGAUGUUUCGAAAUUGACAAAGGAGUGCCUUGAGACGUCAUCGGCGGAGGAAGGAAUUUUUGUCAAGUACACAGUCACCAUUGGGAGGAAGCCAGCUCAGUAG